CGCGCGCUUGCCCUCUGACCCGCUCUCGCGCCUGGAUCCUAACGCCUGAGGCCGGAGACCGAGCUCACGAAACCUCUCGGGGGAGUGAGUUUCCGACGGGGAGUAUGCGUGAAAUAAGCGCCGAAAGCUUUUAAUAAAUUAAAGAGACAGAGGAAAUAUAAUAUCUGGCUGAAGGAAAGGGAAAAAGCAAAUAAGCGAUCCCGAGACUAACGUCGUAAAAAAGACUACAACUCCCACUCUAGGCGAUCAGAGCGCUUGCUGUCUGUUACUCCGCAGAUUUCUCUAGGCGAGUCUGCGUGCAUCCCCGCGAUGGCUCAGCUGCAGACACGCUUCUUCACUGACAACAAGAAAUAUGCAGUAGAUGAUGUUCCCUUCUCAAUCCCUGCAGCCUCUGAAAUUGCUGACCUUAGUAACAUCAUCAAUAAAUUGUUGGAGGCCAAAAAUGAGUUACAUAAACAUGUGGAGUUUGAUUUCCUUAUCAAGGGUCAGUUUCUACGAAUGCCCUUGUUUAAACAUAUGGAAUUGGAAAACAUCUCAUCAGAAGAGGUUGUGGAAAUAGAAUAUGUGGAGAAGUACACUGCACCUCAACCAGAGCAGUGCUUGUUCCAUGAUGACUGGAUCAGUUCGAUCAAAGGGGCAGAGGAAUGGAUCUUGACUGGCUCUUAUGAUAAAACUUCUCGGAUCUGGUCCUUGGAAGGAAAGUCAAUAAUGACAAUUGUGGGACAUACAGACGUUGUCAAGGAUGUAGCCUGGGUGAAAAAAGAUAGUUUGUCUUGCCUAAUACUGAGUGCAUCUAUGGAUCAAACUAUUCUGUUAUGGGAGUGGAGUGUAGAGAGAAACAAAGUGAAAGCCCUCCACUGCUGUAGAGGUCACGCUGGAAGUGUGGAUUCUAUAGCUGUUGACAGCACAGGAACUAAAUUUUGCAGUGGUUCCUGGGACAAAAUGCUAAAGAUCUGGUCUACAGUCCCUACAGAUGAAGAGGAUGAAAUGGAGGAAUCUGCAAAUCGACCAAGAAAGAAACAGAAAACAGAGCAAUUGGGACUAACAAGGACUCCCAUAGUGACUCUCUCUGGCCACAAGGAAGCAAUUUCCUCCGUCCUAUGGUCAGAUGCUGAAGAAAUCUGUAGCGCAUCUUGGGACCACACAAUUAGAGUAUGGGAUGUUGAGUCUGGCAGCCUUAAGUCAACUUUGACAGGAAAUAAAGUAUUUAAUUGCAUCUCCUAUUCUCCGCUUUGUAAACGUUUAGCAUCUGGAAGCACAGAUAGGCAUAUCAGACUGUGGGAUCCUCGAACUAAAGAUGGAUCUUUGGUGUCGCUGUCCCUAACCUCACAUACAGGCUGGGUCACGGCAGUAAAAUGGUCUCCUACCCAUGAACAGCAGCUGAUUUCAGGUUCUUUAGAUAAUAUUGUCAAGCUUUGGGAUAUAAGAAGUUGUAAGGCUCCUCUCUAUGAUCUGGCUGCUCAUGAAGACAAAGUUCUGAGCGUAGACUGGACAGACACAGGGUUACUUCUGAGUGGAGGAGCAGACAAUAAAUUGUAUUCCUACAGAUAUUCACCUACCACUUCCCAUGUGGGGGCAUGAAGAUGAAAAAGUUUGACUACAGAGAUUCUACAUAUGAAAUUGAUAUAUCUUCCUUUGGAAAGCAGCUUUCUAUGUUUUCACCCUUGAUAAUAGCUAUCACUGUCACCUUUAUUUUGUAUUUAUUAUGAAAUAGUUUGUGUUUACAGAAUAUAAAAUGUGUAUUGUCUGCCUUAUGUAAACUCUUGAAAUUAAAUGUUUUUAAUUUCUUUUCAAGGAUACUAGUUUGAAUAAGGUUGGCUUUUGAAAUACUAUAAAAGCAUAGAUUAAAAAUAAAGUAAUGAUUGGUCCAGAAUUUUAUUUCUGAUGGUGAAACUUGUUUAUUAACUGUCAAAAAAUAUCUAUAGAAAACUAAAUUUUGAGAAAAAUUAUAAUUUGCUUUAGGUAUUAAGAUAUGUAGAUGCUGCCAAUUUAUUAAAAAUUUGUUGAAAUGUUUUAUGUGAAGUGUUCACAUUAAAGUUAUAUCAGAAUCCUUUAUAGAAUUAGCACAGGGUGGUGCUAAUUCUGGUGGUGCAAGGGGUUAAGAUGCAGCACUAUAAAGCUAUCCUGAAGCUAUUCGCAGCCGCUGCAGCACGAGUUCGAUCCCCAGCCUGGGAGGUGACCCACAUGCUGCAGCAGACCUCUCCUGAUUUGUCCACCGUUCCCCUCAACAGUGUACUUCAGUCAGUCGGCCAGUUCUGUUCCCCACUCUGUCUUUGGUGAAUCCUUUUACCCCCCACAUCUCUGGUCUGUACCUCAGUUCUUGUAUGCAUAAAUAAAUAAAUAGCACACAGAUUUCAUGUUAACAAGAAUCUCUCUCCUAAAUCUAUCCUUAAAUGUAGAUUAAAAAAUAGAUUCUUGGGCCUCCUUGGUGGCUUAAGGGGUUAAGUCUCAGCACAAUGAAGCUAUCCACAGUGACUGUACCAUGAGUUCGAUCCCCAGCCAGGGAGCUAACCCACAUGGUGCAGCAGACCUCUUCUGUCUCUCCCACUGCUCUCCUCAGCAGUGUAUUUCAGUUGAUCCACCUAUUCUGCACCCCACUCUGUCUCUGGUGAAUUCUCUCACCCCCCAACACCUCUGGUCUAUACCCCAGUUCUUAGAUGCACAGGUAAAAUAAAUCUUUAAAAAAACAGAUUCUUUAGACAAAGCCUUUUCAAUAUUACAUAGUAAACAUUUUAUUUUAUUUUAUUUUAGCGCUCAACCGCUGCGCCACCGAAGAGGCCCCAUAGUAAACAUUUUAUAACCUUUAUAUCAUUAGCAUUUAUCUAAAUGUAUACCGAAUGUUUUAAGUAAAUGUUUUCUUAAAAUGCAACUUCCAUCUUUACUGGAUUGGUAUUCCUCACACAGAGCACUUAAGCUUCUGAAUAAUAUAUAGCAAGCCGGUUCAGUGUUAUCACUAGACUCAAUGCAGUAGAUCUCACAGGAUGUUCCUGUUAUUGAGCUCUAGGAAGCAUCUGUACCUGGUUGCAUUUGAGAGCCACAGAAAGAGUAGAUUAAAACUGGUAGGAGUUCAGUUCUCCCUCUUAUGUAGAUGUCUAGGCAGGGAUAGUCCAGGGCUUAUAUUGUGGUUUUGUUUUACACUCCUUAGGGGCCCAAGCUCCCCUGGAUAUGGUUCUCAUUCUCUCAGAGGCCAAAAACUAGAGCUCCAGUUACAUCAUUCCUAAAAGACAGUAUAUUUUAUUUUUUUUAAAGAUGUAUUUAUUUAUGUGAACAAGUAGGCCAGAGUUGUGGGGGGUGAGGGGAUUCAUCAGAGACAGUGGGGAGCAGAACAGGAGGAUUUACUGAGAUGCACUGCAGCAGACCUCUCCUGACAAGGCAAGGAGGGCAAGACAGGCAAGACAGGAGAGGUCUGCUUCACCGCUUAGGUCAGCUCCCUGGCUGGCCAGGGUUCAAAGUCAUGCCACAGUGGCUGGUGAUAGCUUAAUAGCGCUGCGUCUUUAACCCCUGCACCACCAGGGAGGCCCCAAAAAGACAGUUCAUUUUAAUGCCCAAAUGUGAAUAAAGGUAGCCAGAAAACUCACACAAAGUCUUUUCAGUAGUGUUUAGAACUUUCAGAAAACAAAAAUGAAUAUUCCUGUUUUGGAUGGUCCUUAAAUAAGUCUUACAGGCAGAUUUACUUAAAAUAUCUUUCUUAACUCACUCUCAAAUGUAGUGUCCAUACACUAGAUUGUUAAAAUCUAAAAUGCCUGUUUAUUAGAUGUCAUGGGCAGAAAAGGAAGUAGCAUCAAAUACUGGUUCCUUGCCUAUUUUCAGCCCUGGUUCUAAUGCAGGAUACUUUCCUGGCUAAUGAUGGUGUGACAUUAGGGACCAAAUCUCUUGGAGGCUUGUUUUCUACUAAGCUUUUCCUUCUGUAACUAAAUGUUAGAUAUUAUUCCCUGAAUAAUUAGUGUAUGGUAGGCCAGUAGAAGACCCAGUCCUCUUAUAACAAAUUAAUCUAUCUCCCACCCUCUCACCUUUUUCCCCAAAAGUAGAAGUCUCUUGAUGAUCCAUCAUUCUCUUAGUUACACCAGACACAGGGACGUUACAUGGACUUACCUAAGAUUGGAAACGAGUGGACUACUUUUUCUAGCACUGGGAGAAGUUAGAAAACAGAAUGUCUCCAGGACCAAUACAGAAUUAUUUAUGCUGUCUUGCCAGAGUAAUGCAGCUCAUAAACCUAUUGAUACUCGAAGUUUUAAAUAAUGUCCUGUUUAACAACAACAUUUCUAAUUUUAAUUUUUAGCUCAAAGUAUCCAGCUGCCCAAUAAAUCAUUUCAAGGGAAAAGGCUGAACUGUCAUAUUCCAGAGUCUCCUGGGAUGAAGUAGAAUACAGGACAUGUGCACCACCUUCAAAAAGAUCGCCUAUUUACCUGGGAGAUAAUCAUUUACAAUUCAGUAUAACUGUGUCCUGAGUACAAAGAGAGAUGAAUGUAGAGUGACAUUUGAGCCAGAUUUAGACAGAUAAUUGGUUGUGAAGGUAGAGAUGCCAGUUAUUUCUGGCAGAGGGAGCAGCACAGAAGCAUCAGAAAUAAAAAUAAUGUGAAGUAGAAAACAUA